AUGACGCUCUUCAUCCUCACUGAGACCAGCGCGGGUUAUGCCCUGCUGAAGGCCAAGGACAAGAAGCUCCUCAAGCGUGAUGAUAUCGCUGAGGAGGCUUCGACUGCGGAGGGUGUCUCCAACCUUCUCAAAUUGAAGAGCUUUAAGAAGUUCGACAGUGCUGCCGCAGCUCUGGAGGAGGCUGCCUCCAUUAUGGAGGGCAAGGUCACCCCCCGCCUGGCCUCGCUUCUCGACGGCGUCAAGGACGAGAAGAAGGUUUCCCUGGCCGUUGCCGAUGUCAAGCUUGGCAAUGCCAUCAGCAAGCUCCCCGGUCUUGACAUCCAAUUGAUCGCUGAUUCCAGCUGCAACGACAUCUUCCGUGCCAUCCGUGAGCACCUCACCACUCUCAUUCCCGGUCUGGCCCCCAGUGACAUGUCUACCAUGUCCCUUGGUCUGUCCCACUCUCUCGCUCGUCACAAGCUCAAGUUCUCCCCCGAUAAGAUCGACACUAUGAUCGUCCAGGCCAUUGGCCUUCUCGAUGAUCUUGACAAGGAGCUGAACACCUACGCCAUGCGUGUCAAGGAAUGGUACGGAUGGCACUUCCCCGAGCUGGCUAAGAUCCUCAACGACAACAUUGCCUACGCCAAGCUCGUUCUGAAGAUGGGUAUGCGCUCCAACUGGGAGUCCGCUGAUCUUGCUGAGAUUCUUCCCGAGGAGAUCGAGGGUGCUGUCAAGGCCGCUGCCGAUCGUUCCAUGGGUACUGAGAUCAGCCCCGAGGAUUUGGAGAACAUCCAGGCUCUCGCUGAGCAGGUUGUUGGAUUCUACGAGUACCGCUCUCAACUCGCCAGCUACUUGACUUCCCGCAUGAAUGCCAUCGCACCCAACCUCACUGCCCUUGUCGGUGAUCUCGUUGGUGCCCGUCUUAUCGCUCACGCCGGCAGCCUUACCAGCCUGUCCAAGAGCCCCGCCAGUACCAUCCAGAUUCUGGGUGCCGAGAAGGCCCUUUUCCGUGCCCUCAAGACCAAGCACGACACUCCUAAGUACGGUUUGCUCUACCACGCCUCUUUGAUCGGUCAGGCCACCGGCCGCAACAAGGGCAAGAUGGCCCGUAUCCUCGCCGCCAAAGCCUCUCUGGGUAUCCGUGUCGACUCUCUCGCCGAGUGGGCUGACGAUGUCACUGAGGAGGAGAAGGCUGCUCUCGGUACAGAGGCCCGCUUCAACCUUGAGCGUAAGCUUGCUGGUAUGGAGGGCAAGCCUAUCAAGCCCCGCGGUGUUGCAAUUGCCCCCAACGGUGCUGCCCAGCCCGAGAAGUUCGACCUGAAGGAGGCCCGCAAGUACAACCCUGAUGCCGAUGCUCUGGCUUCCGAGGAGCCUGCUGCUGCCAAGAAGGACAAGAAGCAGAAGAAGCUUGUUGAGGAGGUUGAGGAUGAGGAGAUGGCCGAUGCCGACUCCGACGAGGACUCUGACGCUUCCGAGGAUGAGGCACCCAAGAAGAAGACGAAGAAGAGCGAUAUCGAGGAAAUGGCUGCCAAGGCCGGUCUCAGUGUGAAGCGAUAUGAGCGAAAGCUCGAGCGUGGCGAGAUCACUUUCGAUGCAGCAGGCAACCCUACUUCAAUUAGCAAGAAGGACCUGAAGAAGUCCAAGAAGGAUGCCAAGAAGGCCAGCAAAGACGAUGGAAAGAAGCGCAAGCGCUCCGAAGAUGAUGACGAGAAGAAGAAGAAGAAGUCCAAGGGAGAGUAA